AAGAGUAUGAGGACAGAAAGACGGCUCUUAGUUUACUUGUAAAAACUAUUAUCAUGCAACAUCUUUUCUCUUUGCUUUGAGAAUCCUCUCCCUGCCAUUCUCCUAAAGGGCUCAUUGUUUUGGGAGAACGGCAGGGUUUAAACGACGUGUUUUGGCAUAGAUUGUGAUUAAGACUUUAUAACAAUGUCUUCAUCAUCUAAGGAUGAUCAAUCAUCCAAUUCGCCACCUUCAGAUUCAUCCUCUUCGGAUUCUUCAUCAAAUUCACCGCCAUCAUCCUCAUCUGGUUCACCCCCUUCACCUUCAUCCUCUUCAAAUUCCCCAUCGUCUGACUCAUCAUCAAAUUCUCCGCCAUCCCAAGAUAAUUCAUCUUCAUCGAAUGAUUCAAAUUCCCAAUCUCCCCCUUCUCAAAGUAAUUCAUCACCUUCUCCGCCAUCUGGGGAUAGUAAUAACUCAUCUUCUUCCGGGGAUAAUAACAACGGCAAUAAUAACAACAACAUUGACAAUAGCAACGGGAACAACAACAAUAACAACGGCAACAACAAUGGGAACAACAGCAGCAAUCACAACAACAAUGACAAUAAUAGUAAUAAUAACAACAACAAUGGAAACAACAACGGCAACAACAACAACAAUGGUAAUAACAACGGUAACAACAACAACAACAAUGGUGAUAGCAACAACGACAACAACAAUGAUAACAAGAACAACAACAACAAUAAUGGGAGCAAUAACAACGGCAAUAGCAACAACAAUAACAAUAAUGAUCAUAGCAACACUAACAAUAAUAAUAACAAUAAAUCUUCACCUCCAUCAAAAUCCUCAAAUUCAAAUGGUGGUUCGCCGCCUCCUCCACCCCCACCACCUCCUCCACCACCACCACCACCAUCUCCCUUUUCUCCCAACUCUGGAGCUCUUUCCCCUCCGAAGCAUAAGUCGCCACCGAGCAAGUCGGACGUAGAUCAUAAUGGCAAAUCUAACGAUAACGGGACAGCCAUCAUUGUAGGAGUUGCUGCAGGAGCAGGACUAUUACUUCUUGUCAUGCUAGUCUUCCUUAUAUCUUGUUGCAAACGCAAAAGGAGAAGGCCACGUGACCAAAUGGGCUACUACAGGGACAAUUCUCAUGGAGGCAAGAGUACUGACUACUAUAAUAGUGGACAAUAUGGGAAUUGGCACAACAACAAAGUUCAAUCUACUGAACAUAUGGUAAAGAUGCCUACUCCUCAACCUGUCAGUACUAAUGUAAGUUCAGAACUCAGUUGGCCAAUAGCACCUCCACCACCACCUCCAAUGAUGAGCAGCAGUGAAAUGAGUUCUGCUGCUUUCUCUGGUCCACAUCAACCUCCAUUGCCACCUCCACAUCCAUCAAUGGCUCUUGGUUUUAACCAAAGCAGUUUCACGUAUGACGAUUUGUCAGCAGCAACUGGAGGAUUUUCUAAGGCCAAUCUUUUGGGACAAGGUGGUUUUGGAUUUGUACAUAAAGGGGUGUUGCCUAAUGGUAAGGAGAUAGCAGUGAAAAGUCUGAAAGCAAAUAGUGGGCAAGGGGAACGAGAAUUUCAAGCUGAGGUCGAGAUCAUUAGUCGUGUCCAUCAUCGCCAUCUUGUAUCUUUAGUUGGAUAUUGCAUUGCUGGAUCUCAAAGGUUGUUGGUGUAUGAGUUUGUUCCUAAUGGCACUCUUGAAUAUCACCUUCAUGGACCUGGUCGCCCAGUUAUGGACUUCCCUACGAGGCUUAAAAUUGCACUUGGAUCUGCCAAAGGUUUUGCCUACCUUCAUGAAGAUUGCCACCCUCGCAUCAUUCACAGAGACAUUAAAGCUGCAAAUAUCCUACUGGACCAUAACUGUGAAGCUAAGGUGGCUGAUUUUGGACUAGCUAAGCUUUCCUCAGACACUAAUACACAUGUGUCAACACGUAUCAUGGGUACCUUUGGGUACUUGGCACCAGAAUACGCUUCAAGUGGCAAGCUAACUGAAAAGUCAGACGUUUAUUCUUAUGGUGUUAUGCUUUUGGAACUUAUAACUGGGCGUCGUCCUAUCGACAUUAACAGUGAUGAUGACACCUUAGUUGAGUGGGCUAGGCCAAUUCUGGUUCGUGCAACAGAGGGCGGAAACUAUGAUGAAUUGAUAGAUCCACGUUUGGAGGGAAAUUUUGAUGCCCAAGAGAUGCUAUGUAUGGUGGCUUGUGCUGCUGCAUCCAUCAGACAUUCUGCAAGAAGACGUCCAAAAAUGAGUCAGAUUGUACGUGCUUUGGAAGGUGAUGUUUCUCUGGAUGAUUUGAACGAGGGAAUGAAAAAGAGCCAUAGCGCAAUGUUUGGUUCUGGUGAAAGUUCCGAAUACGACGGAGGUUCAUAUGACGUUAAAAAGUUCAGGAAAUCUGGAAUGUCGAGCCAAGAAUUCACAGGCAGUGAACAUGGUACUACUGGUGAAUUUGUCCAUUCCGCUGGUGAAUCUCAAGAACUUCGUCACAAAAAACUCAGUCCUUGAGCAAAAUGGGAUGAUCACUGGAGCUAUAAACAAUUACAAUCAUUUUAUUAUAGAUACAACUCACGUUUUAUGGACUUACAAGGAUGCUUUGAGCAUUGAAAAAUGGUAUUCUUGUGGAAUAAUAAUGUAUUUCCCCAUCCAUUGUGAAGCUCUAGAGAUUAGACUGAGGGUGGUAAAGUGUAAAACAUCUCCCCAUCAUUAUGUGGCUGGGUUUAUUUAUCAGUCGAGUCAUUUUGUUUUGUUUGAGUUGAGGAGUUGGGAUUAUAAUUGUGAAUUACUUUCAAUAUAUUCCUCCGAUGUAUGUACUUAUUUAUUAAUAUUUUGUUUAUGUAUA